AUGAGGGUGAUACAUUCAAAGAAGGACCGGCCGCGUGUUACAGAGAGGCAGCACAGGACAUUGUGCGCUUGCACGACUAAGGAUCGAUGCAACGAUCCGACAUCACCGAUCGCUAAUUUCAAAUUUACCGACUCACGAAUUCUUGAAGGAUAUCAGUUCACACCGAUGAUCGGUGGCGGUGGUGAAAAACCAUCAGGUGGAGCGCUGGACACAUCUAAACUAAUUGAAGGCGAUACCGCGAAACCGAACGAAACGAACGCCGAUCCGAUGGACGGUGUCCCGAUGGUGACGUCGGAAACAGGUGAACUUGUCGCAAGGACGAUGUCUCCCAACGACAUCGUAGUAACAAAGACCGUGUCGCUACAGAUUGGCGACGGUGAAGUCCCUCAGCAGCAGUUCUCUACAUCCUUACCGAGGGAAGAACAUACAUCGCCUGAGCCUGACACACAGGGGACGACUACUCAUGGCAACGCCACAAAAGGCUCCACCAACUAUCUAAUGUCGUUGGCGAUGAUCGUCGGCUCUUUCACGAUGAUAAUUGCAUCUUUGAUGAUUUUCUAA